CGUCCUCAGAGCAUGCGCAGUAAGGGGGAGCAACAUCCCCAAUGAAAAACAACAACAAUCACUACAGCGGGGCUAGGAAAAAGAGAUGGCUCCUUGAAGCUCAACACGUCUGGCCCUUAUCACAGUACUUAUCCCAGCCAAUUUUCUGCUAUUUCUAGCGAAGCUAUAUAUGUCAAUGUUGCCGAGCCCAUGAACUUGGCCAGUCAAAGUGGGGAUGCUGGCGGAAGCCAGCUUCUCUUCGCCAACUUCAACCAGGACAACACGUCCUUAGCUGUUGGCACCAAAUCAGGAUACAAGUUUUUCUCCCUGUCCUCUGUGGACAAAUUGGAGCAGAUAUAUGAAUGUACAGAUACGGAGGAUGUGUGUAUUGUGGAGCGUCUGUUCUCCAGCAGCCUGGUGGCCAUCGUCAGCCUGAAGGCCCCCAGGAAGCUCAAAGUCUGUCACUUCAAGAAGGGAACCGAGAUCUGCAACUACUCUUAUUCAAACACUAUACUGGCUGUCAAGCUCAACAGACAGAGGCUUAUAGUGUGUCUGGAGGAGUCACUUUACAUUCACAACAUCCGAGACAUGAAAGUGCUGCACACUAUCAGAGAAACUCCGCCCAACCCUUCAGGAUUGUGCGCCCUUUCCAUCAGCAAUGAUAACUGUUACCUGGCUUACCCCGGCAGUGCCACGAUAGGAGAAGUGCAAGUGUUUGACACAGUCAACCUGCGAGCGGCUAAUAUGAUUCCAGCCCACGACAGCCCAUUAGCGGCUCUGGCUUUCGAUGCCAGUGGAACCAAACUGGCCACAGCCUCAGAGAAGGGCACAGUCAUUCGUGUCUUCUCAAUCCCAGAGGGACAGAAGCUCUUUGAGUUUCGAAGAGGAGUCAAGAGGUGUGUUAGCAUCUGCUCAUUGGCGUUCAGUAUGGAAGGCCUGUACCUGUCGGCCUCCAGCAACACAGAGACGGUCCAUAUCUUCAAAUUAGAGACGCAGAAGGAGAAGUAUGUGCCAGCAGAGGAGCCCACCACAUGGGGAGGGUACCUGGGCAAGGUCCUGAUGGCGUCCACCACCUACCUGCCUUCUCAGGUUACGGAAAUGUUCACCCAGGGGCGAGCCUUCGCCACUGUGCGUCUGCCCUUCUGCGGACAUAAGAACAUCUGCGCCUUAGCUGUGAUUCAGAAGAUUCCCAGGUUGUUGGUGGCAGCAUCAGAUGGUUACCUGUAUCUGUACAACCUGGAUCCACAAGAGGGAGGAGAAUGCACACUUAUGAAGCAGCACAGGUUAGACGGCAGUGCUGAGCCAGCCAAUGAGAUUCUUGAGCAGUCUCAUGACCGCCCCCUCGUAGCCCAAACCUACAGUGCUGCUGUCACCAAAGGUUACUGCGAAGAGCAGGGCGCCGUGGGAGGAGCGGGGCUAGAAGAUGACCUCAACGACUUGCGCUUAGAGGAAGAGAACGAGCAACCGCCGCUCAUCCUUGAAACUGACUGACUUAACGGACGGCUGUACCCACCAAUCAGAGGGCUCCUCUGGUGCUGCUAUGAACAUGUGACACAAGGGGGGCAGGAUCAGAGUCAGGGGUGUUUUUAAAAACGCUCAAAGUGUUCAAGAGCCUGUCUUGUCAGUCUUAUCUUUGCGUUUGUCUGUUCACAUACAUCUUGACCUUUUCCCUCCCUCCUUCCACCACUACCUUUUCCCUCAGUUUGCCUGCGCGGGCCAAACUGACGCUUUGCAUGUACAUGUGCCAACUGCUAAAAACAUGCUCCAAUGUGAAAACGAGUAUCUGUGAGUGUGUGUGUGUGUUGGACGUUUGAUUUAAAAAAACAAAAAAGUAGCUGUGUCUCCACUUAAGACACACAGACGCAAGCACUGUGUAAAAAUGAAAGUGAUUGUGUAAGUGCCUCUCUGCUCCAGUGUCAUGGUUUCUUCUGUUUGAGAGGAGGAUCUCUUUGCAUUGGCUUAAUAAAAUCUAUUUUCAGUUGUCGGAUCUUAA